GAGAGAGGCCGCGAAAGCGGAAACGACGGCCAUAGCCGGAGCCUGAGGCUGGACCAGAGCUUCUCUCCCUCACCGCCUGCUGCUGCUGCACUGAGAGCGAGAGGCGGCAUGGAGCAAUGCGAUGGUCAGGAUGGAAUGGCUUCACCAGCAACUCCAGGAUCAGGGAAAUCAAAGCUGGAUACACUAUCAAAGGAAGACCUUAUAAAAUUUGUGAAGAAGCAGAUUGUGAUUUUACAGAAGGCCAAAUCGAAAUGCACUGAGCUGCAAAAGGAAAUUGAAGAGCUGAAAACACAAUCAAGUGGUGGAACUGAUGAUGCUGUCAUUCAGGAGCUGACAACUCGGCUGGAGUCUGUACUUUUGGAAAAAGCAGAGUCUCAUCAAAGUAUGGUUUCUCUCAGAAAGGUGAAUGAAAAAACAAAGGAAGAAUUGAAGGAUGCAUUGGCAGCAGUACAGGAUCUCCAGAAGAAACAGGAAUCGUCAGAAAAUCAGCAUUUGAACAAGAUUGAAGUUCUGAAUGAGGAAUUGAAGACCGCUCAUGAAAAACACAAAGAAGAAAUCACCAGAUUAGAAAAUGAGCUUCAAGAAUCAAACGUCAAACACAAUACCCUGAGUGCACAACUUGAGCAACAGCUUGAAGCUCAUUUAGUUCAACAACAUGAAGUGAAGAGACUUUUAGAAGAAAUAAAUCGAGUUCAGGUUACUUCUGAGGAACAGAUUUUGCAGUUGAGACAACAAUUUGAAGCCAAUGCUGAGAAACAGAAGAAUGAAAUAACAAGACUACAGGAAGCCAGUGGGAACUCUGUUGCAGAAUAUCAAAAUAAAAUGAAAAAUCUCCAGGAGGAAUUUCAGGUAAUGCAAACCAAUCAUUGUGACGAAGUGUCACAGUUGAAAGAACAGCUUGAAUCUGCUGCUUCUGCGCAUCAAAAAGAGCUUAAGACGUUGGAAGAAGACUUAGCAGAGCAAUAUUUACUAAAGGGGAAAAGUCUCCAGGAUGAGCUGCUUACUUGUAGGACCAACAACGAGCAUCAGUUAAAUCAACUGAAAGAACAGUUAAGGGAAAUGACAGAAAAGCAAACGGAGCAGUUGCAAGGGGAAGUGCCUAAAGAAUCAAUUGUUGAAGAGGAACGGUUGAAAUGUCUAGAGAAAAGUUUGAAAGCAUUAGAAGUGCAGCAUAGGUUGGUGCAAGAUGAGUUUAAAUACACAACAAAUUUAAAAGAGAAGUUGGAGACAGAACUGAAUCAUAUUAAGGAUGACUUUUUUCAUGAGAGAGAAGACUGGGAGUUCAAAAUAAACGAACUGCAGCUUUCUAAAGAGGAAUACAUGAGUACAACUACAAAGUUAACAGAAGAAGUCAAAUCUGUCAAUGACCGCUGUGAAUUGAUGAUGAACCAGCAAUCCUAUGAAAUUCAGGUUAUAGAACAGCAACAUGCUAAAGAGCUUUCAACUUUAGAGGAGAAUUUGCGUACUGCUGCUGAAAAAGAUAUCCAAGAAUUCCUACUUGAGGCAGAGAAUCUUAAAAAACAAUGCCAAAUGUUGCUGCAGGAGAAGGAAGAGGCACAGACUAAUUAUGAAAACUUGCGUAAAAACAUGGAAACAUUACAGACUGAACUGGAAGAAUCUGCUUCAAAGAUCAGCCAUGAAUUUGAAGCCAUGAAACAACAACAGGCCAACGAGGUUCACGAUUUGCAACAGAAACUCAGAAGAGCUUUUAGUGAAAAGGAUUCUCUUCAGGAAACUAUGAACAGGCUACAAGCUGAAGUGGAAACUAAAAACAAGGCAAUUGAAGAGCUGAAUCAAAUGAGUAAGCUUGAAGUGAAGAUUCAAGAUCUGAUGUCUUCAAUUGAGCAGAAGGAGUCAACGUUAACUAAAACACAGGAACAACUAGAAAUUUCUCUCAGAGAGAAGGAGGAACUAGUGACUGCAGCACAGACCUCAGAAGAGGUAAGUUGUAGGUUGAAAGAAUCUUUUGAAAAGGAGCAGGCUAAAUGUGUAGAUUUUCAGCAGCAAAUACAAGUACUUUAUGAGGACAGAUACAAAUUGCAAGAAAGAUUGGACGAAACUGCAGCUAAGUUGGACGUGGCAAUUUCAGAAACAAACUCCAGCUAUCAUAAAGCAGAGGAGUUGGAGAACAGACUGGGUGCAGCUGUUACAGAGAAGGAACAUCUGGUUGCUGAAAUUAAGAAUUUGAAAGACUUUAAUACAAAUUUAGAAAAGCAAAAGGCUUUGCAGAAAGACACAGAAGAGAGUGAAAAUCUGGAAGUCAGGGAUGAAAAUCUUCACAAUAUCAAUGAACAACUCGAAUCUCUGAUCCGGGAAAGAGAUGAUCUCAGUAAGCAUCUGGAAGCUGUAAUUCAGGGAAGAGACAGUCUCCAACAAGCAGAUGAAAUUAAAAAACAAAACCUGACUGAUAUUAGACUUACAGUAAUGAAUAUUCUUGAACAAGUGGACUUCAAGUAUGCAAAUGAUAGCCCUGAGCUGGAUGUGUUGGAGUCUGUGAAACUGCUGAAGGAAUCUGUAGCAAAAAUUCAGGAGGAGAGGCAGUCUAUAGUGCUACAAUUCCAGCAAGAGUUGGACACACUGAGAGAUGCAAAUGGUGGUCAACAAGCUGAGUUUAGGUCUUUAAUUGAUGAUCUUAGCAAAGAGAAAUCCUUCUUGCAAAAGCACCUGGAUGACUCUCUGUUGGAUAAGGAAGGGCUGCAACGGGAUGUGUGCGAGAUGCAGAACCUCAGUGAAAAACUCACACUUGAAAAUGAGUGUCUACUGGCUCAGGUUCAGAAUGCCACAGAAAAGAUUGAGAACCUGGAAAAAGAGAAGAACGAACAGAAUGAGAGGAGUGAAAAACAAGCGACCGAGGGCACUGAGGAAGAGGAGCAAUUGGAGCACCAGCUAAAGGAGAAAGAUUCUGAGUUGUCAAAGCUUAAACAGGAGCUGGAAUCUUUGAAGGACUUGAUGCAAAAAUCAUCCAGUGAAGAGAAUAGCUUGCAAAGCACCGUCGUAGAGAUGAAUGACAAAAUAGUUGCUCUGGAAAACACAAGUAAAGACAAAGAUACAAGAUUCAAUAAGAUCAAAGCGGUAGCAGUAAAAGCUAAGAAAGAACUUGAUGGCAGCAAAAAACAGGUGCUGCUAUUAACAGAAGAAAUAGAAAUUGUGAAAUCCGAGAGGGACAGAUUAUCGGAUGCCAUGAAAGACCUUAUCCAAGGAGCAGAGGGUUACAAGAAUCUUUUGCUUGAGUAUGAUAAACAAGCUGAGCGGCUGGAUAUGGAAAAGGAGCGAGCAAAUUACUGUGAACUUCAAGUGGAGGAGCUUACACGACACAUGCAGACAGCUAUUCAACAGCAAGACCAGCUGACUUCAGAAAAAGAAGAUUUGUUAGCUCGAGUGGAGACUUUACAGUCAAAUACCAGGCAGCUUGAAGUGCAAAUCUUAGAAUCGCAUAAAGCCAAGUCAGCUCUAGAAAUAGAGCUUGAGGGGGAAAAGCUUCUUAGGGAGCAGAAGACAAAGGAGCAUCACACGGUGUUGAGAGAAAUUGAUGAACUUAAAAAGCAACUUCAGAAAGAGAAACAGCAGCUGCAACAAACUGUCCAAGAACUAGAAUUUGUGAGAAAGGAUGCUCAGCAAAGCACCCUGAUGGACAUGGAGAUUGCAGACUAUGAGCGUUUUGUGAAAGAGCUCAACCAAAAAAUUAGUGAUCGAGACAACCGGAUUGUACAGUUUGAAGAAGACAUGGCUUUAUACAAGCAGAAACAGAAAACACUAGAAGAUGAAAUAAUAUCUCUUCAGAAAACCCUGGAGGAGGAAAAAGAGAAAAAUACCCGGAUGAAACAAAUCCUAGUAAAAACUAAAAAGGAGCUUGCUGAUUCAAAGAGAGUUGAAGCGGACCAAUCAGUUCUCCAAGCUUCUAUAAAGGGAGAAUUGGAAGCAAGUCAGCAGCAAGUGGAAAACUGCAAGAUCCUGGUAGCUGAGCUAACUGCUGAAAAACACCGAAUUCAAGAACAGUUUCGGCUGGCAAAUGAACAGAACCAUCGUACAGUGAGUGCGUUAACACAGAAGACAGCAGCUCUUGAAGAAGAGCGCAAUAUUGCAAAGGCCGAGCAGACUGCAAUUGGAGCCGAAUUUGAAAGUUACAAAGUCCGUGUUCACAAUGUACUAAAGCAGCAGAAAAACCGGUCAGCUGCCCAAAGUGAGACAGAGUUAACCAAGCAAGAAAGAGAGCACCUAGAAAAGGUAAUUGAUCAGCUGAAGGCCAAGUUACAAGAGUUUCAGUGUAAUCUACAGGCCAAUGUAGCUGAAUUGCAGGCAUUACAGUCAGAACAUGACACACUGUUGGAGCGACACAACAGGAUCCUGCAGGAGACUGUGUCGAAGGAGGCAGAACUUCGAGAAAAGCUUUGCUGUGUGCAAUCUGAAAAUAUGGUGCUAAAAUCAGAGUACACUCAGGCUGUGAGUCAGCUGACUGCCCAGAACGAUGCAGCACAUCAAAGCUUCCGAGAGCAGGUUCGGCGACUGCAAGAGGAACACAGAAAGACGGUCGAAACCUUACAAAAGCAGUUGUCCAAGAUGGAGGCACAACUGUUCCAACUCCAGAGUGAAAGCACUUUAGCAAGUCCUUCACCACCUCAGCCAUCAGGGAAGCCUUUGCGAGAACGGAGAAACGGGGACAUACCUGUGUUGGAUAUUAAUACCAUUGACCGAGAGGAAGGGGAAGGAAUGGAAAUGAUUGAAACCGAGUCAGUGUCUUCCUCCAGCACACAAAUUGGUUCUCUUGAGCAACUGCUCAAUUCUCCUGAGGUUAAGUUAGAUGCUCCCCAAUGGCAGCCUGAGCCAUCCAAAGAUGAAAUGGUACAAAAGUUAAACACGGCUACAAAGAGCAUUGACCACUUAAAUGGGCUUCUCCGUGAGACUGAAGCCACCAAUGCCAUCCUUAUUGAACAAAUCACGCUCUUGAAAAAUGAAGUGAGGAGGCUAGAAAGGAACCAGGAACGUGAGAAGUCUGUUGCAAACCUGGAGUACUUGAAGAAUGUUCUGCUGAAGUUCAUAUUCCUAAAUGCAGGGAGCGAGAGACAGAACCUGCUCCCAGUCAUUGAUACAAUGCUGCAACUCAGCCCGGAAGAGAGGUCCAAGCUUGCGGUCAUAGCUCAAGGAGAAGAAGAGAACACUUCAAGGUCCUCUGGCUGGGCAUCAUAUCUUCACAGUUGGUCAGGACUGAGAUAAAGAUGGAUGGGAUAAGAAUUUAACAUUCCAGCUUUUUCAGAAAAAAAACACCAAUCUCUCUUAUGUAGGUGAUGAUGGAGUGGUCAUUACAUCAACUUCUCAGAAGGCUGCGGAUUUGGCUUGUAAUUAGCCUCAAUCUGUAAUGCAUUCAUAAAAGAGUCAUUUUUGACACUUCUAAAUCUGAUUUUUGUAUCACAAUAGUGACUUAGCAAACAUUUGUAGCUGAAAAAUAACAUUUUUUCAGGUAUUUUCACAGAAAAGGAAUUGGUCUUGAGCAGGUUUUGUUUAAAUUAGAUUAAUGGCCCAGUUUAUCUACUCAAAUGGAUGAAAGCCAUAUCAGAAUUAGCAUGACACUUGCAUGAUAAACCCAUAUACUUAUGAUUGUAAUUAUGAAAAGGGGAUAUUGAAGUUUAUCGUUAUCUGAUGCAAUUUGGUCUUGUGGCAAUGGGUCUCUAUCUGUAAAUGAGAAUUAUUCAAUGAAUGUUACGAUCAACCUGUUGGACUAAAAUAGUUAAUGUCUUCAAAAUGUGAAAGGAAUGUAAGAUUUUUUUUCUUCAGUUAAAGUUUGAUCCUAUUUGUCACAUCUGUUGUCCAUUAGCACUGAGCAUCCAGACUUGAGAAACUGUUGAGUUCUUGCACAUAAAAUUAGUGUUGCAAGUCUACCCAAGUUGCAUGUCAGGUGACAGUGGAGUCCUCAUAAAUUUAAGCAUGAUCUUAACAAACAAAUUCCAAUGUAUUCAUCACUGUCAUAAUAUGUCACUGUAUAAGCAUAAGGCUAUCAGCUACAUAACCAUUAGGAUUCAGUGGUUUGUUAUGGUUUCCUAUGACUUUAAUGUGGGUAAAUCAAUUAUCUAAAUUAAUUACACCCUUGUAUGGUACCAAAAAUGUAAACAACAUGUGAAGAAAACGAAAGUACUGAAGGGAUUUGUGGCAUGAUUCCCAUACAUUGAAGAUGGAUACUAUCAAGCCAUUAAAGCAAGAUCAAAGCUGAAUACACACAUUUAGAACAAGAAUAUUUUAUUUUUUUAAUAUUAAUACAAAUUAAGUCAAUAUAUUUGUUUCUUAGCAAAGGAUGUUAAAUAACUUAAAAUAUAUGUAAUGAGGUACUUUAACAUCUUAUAUUUUCUGACAAUGUCCCCCCCAAACUGUACAUUUGUAUUUCAGUAUGCAGAUUUUUUCCCUGUAUUUCUGUGUGGUGUAUGUGAUCGUGUGUUUGUGUGCAGAUGCAAUUUCCUGUCUCCCCAAAGUUAUUUUUCUCCCCUUUUCCUGUUGGACCACAUAUUGAAUGGCAGAGGACAGGUAAACAAGCUGCUGUCUGGUCUCUUUCAGCCACUGAACUGUAUAAAUGUGUGUUUGAGAAACCAGCUACUGAUCCCUCUCACAGUUUUUUUUUAAAAAAAGGACACAUUUGUGACUGACUUCUGUCUUUUUGCACUAUAGUUACAUACAAACACAAACUGCCCACUCGCUAUGAUGAACCAUUCACCGUAACUCAAAAGUGAAAUGGAGAGGCAAGCCUCAUUUGUGGAUAUGCUGUGCGCAAUUGGCUGCCGCGUUCGCCCACAAAUAUAGUCAAUUCAC